AUGUGGGGCCAAACGGAGGACAUUUCGGGUUUUUCGUAUCAGGGGCAACAUCAACAGCAACAGCAACAACAACAACAAAGAUAUCUGCAGAGAACUAAUGAUGACGAUAAUACUAUGUGUCCUUCCUUAAAUGACUUUAGCCACAUCAUUGAGGCUGCACAUAUCACACUUUCCACUACUGGGAUAGCUGCUCAGUCUUUUAAUGUUCUUAAUUUUUCUGCGAGCGAUCAACCUUCACUUUCUGUUGACAGUGUUACAGAAGGUCUGUUGACACCAAGGAAAGGUUGCUCGAGAUGUGCGCACCUUGGUAGCAUUCGUGAGACACUUAAGAGUGUUGAAUCCUCAUAUUUGGAAGAAAUUUCACAGUUAAAACGUAUGAUAAAUCAAAUCGAUAGUGAACGUGUUGACGCUGUUAACCGAUCGGAAAAGAUACUCUCGGGGUUUGAUCGUUGUAGACAACAAAUCCUAUCAAAGGAUCAUGAAAUUCAGGUACUUAGAGGACAACUACGUCAGGUUGAAGAUAAUUUACAACGCUCUGAAUAUGAAAUAGCUUCUAUGAGACAUUUGCACAUGCGUGAUGUUGCAUUUUUUAAUCAGCGAGAGAUUUUAUUUUUCUCAGAGAAUGAACAGUAUGCCAGGGCAGCGAUAUUGUCAUUAGAGGCAAAUUGUUGGUCUGAAAUCUUUACCAAGUUCAUGAAUGAAUGGAGCCCUAUUCAAAAAAUGGAAGGUCUUUCACUUUCAUGCCGUUGGCAGGAAGUCCCAGGAGUAUCCCUCAUAGGCAGUAAUAACAGUAGUGGUAUAGAGGAGCAUUCUUCAUUCGGCGGAGGACUUUCUCCAAGUCCAGUGCAGAUCCGUUCCCCCUCCAUUACUCGUUACGCUGAGACAACCCGUGUAAAUAAUAUGGGAGUAUUGAAGCCUGCAUUUAAGGGUGGCCUAUUAACAGAGCUUAGAGAAUCGAAAAGGAAUGCUGAUGAAUUAAAUGAAAAAUUACAGUGUGAACUUACCAAGAAGGAAACUCUAAUUUCAAACCUAAAACAUCAACUUUCUAUACGAGAAGAAAGUAUUCGUCGUUUAUCGCAAGAGUCUACAGAAGGGGAAAAAUUAAACAAAGAAAUGCAAGAAGAAAUUGAUGAUAUGCUUCGCACAGAAGUUUUACUUACACAAAAAUGUGAACGCCAUUCUCUGGAAACUCAAGCUAUGGAAGAACGACUUGAAGUGUUGUAUUUUUUUAUACGACAAAAUACUAUUUUACCAGAAAAACAUAUUGAUUCUGUUCUUAGAACACCAGAGAAACAAACCCUCGCUGCACUUAAAUUAACACCAAAAUUUAUAGGGACACCACCAAAUUUGUUUAAUGGACGUAGUAUGAUAGAGUCAAGUUCGCAAUGUAGUGGGAAUGGACUCUCUGAAGAUGUUGCCAUUCUUGUCUCCCGAACUGUGGAAGAUACAGUGCAAAAAGUUAUGCAGGGUCAUUUACUCCCACUAAAGCUUUCUGUAGAAUCCAUUCGUGCAAGCUCAGAUGAACUACACAGGACUAUGAGAAAAGCUGUUGAAGACUCUUACCAUCAUGAAGAUCCCUCUAAAAAGAUUAUUGAAGAACUAAAAAAAGAGUUUGGAGGUUUUAUUACUGAUAUCAAAGAUAUUUUGCAAAGUUAUACAACCAUAGUGAAUACAAAGGAUGAAAAGGUUGAAAUUGCAAACCUACGAUCUACACUAAAGAAAGUAGCCCGAUUAAUGUCACAUAAUGCCAAAGUAAUGGAUGAUAAACUCAAUGAUAUUCUACUCUGCCAGUCGGCGGUGGCUAGACAAAGGGCUGUCUCAGAUGUAAUAUCAUCUGUAGAAGGGAAAGUGUACGACAUUGAACCUCUAAAUGCUUCAUCUACUCUUACUUCGUCUGGGGUGGAGGUAUCAACAACUGUUUCUCCUGUUCCUAAUAUAGAAAAAACGGUAUCUCCUAAAUCUAAGCAUGUAAGGUUUGAUUUGACUCAUUAUGAUUCUUCUUUGACUGGUGAAAAACAUGAUAAUACUUUGUUUAACACUUCAGUACCACUAUCACAUGAGUGGGACGUUGAGGUGUCAGAUGAUGAAACUGUCCCAUCACCUCCUGCUUCUUCCAUAAAAAGGAGAACGCCCUACGAUAUAGAUGACGCAUGA